AUGGAGCGAAAUUCUCAACACGACGCAUACGGUUUUCUUAGCAUUAUACUUUACGCUGCUGGGGCGGCCGUUGUUGCCAGACUCCUCAUCUUAUCCAUAAAGAUACCUUCCGAAGUCUCAUGGCGUGCAUUUUUUCGAAAUAGGCGACUAGAAGUCAAACCGACCGAGUACUCAAAUGUCUUUCCACCAUCACAAAGAAAACGUCUCUCGUGUGAAUCGAGUAAAGACUCCGCAGUUGCCACCUUGAUUGACCUGUCACGACAUCCCGAAUUACUUCUCAGGCUUGAGGAGGACUAUCGCACCGCUUCGGCAACCCGAUUCCUGUUUAGUGGCUUUUGUGUUGGAGACAUUCGAGCCCUGGGGAAUUUUCCCAACUAUGCCGAAUUGUGCGAAGUACCGCUUCCGAUCGCCAUAGAAGACUUCAAUAUUACGACUGCCAAGGCAAGGCCAUACCGACCAUUGCGAUGGCCGUAUCAUCAAACUAUGGCAAUCCAAAGGUUAGAGCCAGACUACUGGAUCGAGCUGGAGUCUACAUACGAGGAACAGAUUCAGGAGCGCAAAUCAAUUAUAAAGAAGCAUGGACUAGAUGUCAUGCAGGCUCUUCCCGGCUCGGAACUGGCCUGCAAGGAGCUCAUGGAAAUGGUCAUACAAUUUUUAUGUGCCAGAUAUCCGAAGCAAUUCAUUUUGAAGGGCAACACACUCAUAAACAAUAUUCGAGGCACCGAAUAUGAUGUCUACGGCAAUCCCCCUCUCCAGAUUUUAGCAGAGAACGUUCCCGAAGACUUUGCCAUCAUGAUCCGAGACCCCAAGACAGGGACAUAUAAGUUCCGUGCUGGCAUCAUAUGUGCAUCAACCGGCUGGAACCUGGGAGGGAAAAUAGGGAAGGGGUUGGCUGAAAUCCACAGCCCAGUGCCUGACUAUAGGAGCAAGAUGCAGCUCAGCAUGGAUAGAUUUUUCACCAAGUUUCCCGCAUCUAAGCCGGUGCAGAGAGGUGCUUGGGGCUUUGAAGUUGGAGAGCAUUUGUAUACACCACCUCGUCAUGCCGAUCUACAAGCUUUAGAAGUCCAGGAUCCACAGCUCCAACCGGAUGACCUGAGAUUCCGUGUAGACUGGCAGACGUUGCGCCGAUUACCUCUAUCCGGAGCAAUCGUAUUCAACUUUAAGGCAUUCUUCACACCAGUGACGGAGCUUUUAGACGAGCCGUAUAUACCUUCGCUGUGCCUCAAGGUGCUGCAGGAGAGUAAGGCGAACUUGAGAGAGUACAAACAAGUGCACCACACUGAACACGUUCUUGUACCCGUGCUGCAGCAAUACGAGAAGUAUCAACUAGAAAAGGGUUUAAUACAACCUAACUGGGAAACUCGGACCCUUGAAGAGAGUCCUUUUUUCCGUGGGUGGCAAGAUAGGCAUAAUUGUUGUGGGAAGGGCACCAUGACUUGA